CAUUCUUUCCUUCUCUCUUUAAAGAUGAGCCAGUCAGACAGCGGGGUGGAUUUGAGCAGCGAUUCACAGCUCUCCUCCAGUAGUUGUAGCCAGCGCAGCUCCCCUGAUGGGGGUCUGAAACCUGAGGGAGACAAGAGAGCAGGACGGGCGGCAGGGCAACAGCAACAUGGGCAAAAACUGUUGGUGGUUCCACCUCCUGGCCCGAUCGGAACAGAGAGAUCACAGAAACCUGAGGGAUCCCGUGGCUCUAAUGCUCCCUCCUGUCUCCCAUCUGCUUCCCAUUCUACUAAUCCAAAGAUUGGGUCUUCUUCACGGCCUUGGGAUCUUUCAACUCAGUCAACGUCGUCUGAGACGCCAGUGGAUCCCAGACAAUUUGCCCCAUCACCCUCCCUUCCAGAAGGCACAAGACAACAACCACAAGAUGAUCGGAAUCAGAGACUUUAUUCUAGCCAGUUUCUACCAGGUAUGAAAACUCUUUGUAAAUAAUGCAACAGGAGAGGCAACAAUUAAAUAAUGUGAG